AUGGUGAACACGAAACCGGUCCCGUGGAAGACGGACGCGACCGCGGACAAGACGCGGUUCCCGUCGCGCCCCGGCUCCGUCGCCGGCAGCGCGCGGUCUGGAUCCGGCGGGGGUAAGACGACGACGACUCUGAAGAAGAAGAACGCGGUGCCCGGCGAGGACGACCCGUGGGCGCACUACGACGCCAUGGACCGCAAGUCCCCGACGCUCAGCGCGAUCGACGACGACUGGAGCGAGGAGAGGCAGUGGGCGACGACGAACGAGGAGCUCGCGUACGACCCCGCCGCGCUGGAGCUCCUCCGGACGCGCGCGGCGAACGGCUGGCGCGACGACGACGACGACGACGGAGGAUCUUCAUCGAUGGGCGCGUCCACGCGCUUCGGCGGGCCGUCCGCGACGAUACGCGCGGAGCGCGCGCGACGACGGUCGAAGCUCGCGGAUCCCGGCGGCACGGGCGAGUCCGACGUCGGCGGGUGGGCGAACGUCCCGCGGAUGCGGUUGGGCGGGGCGGAUCCGCUGGGGGGGCCCGAUCGCGGUCGGAACGACGGCGGGAUCGGCUGGGGCGUCGUCCACAAUCUGGAGCGACACGGCGCGGAGGUCAACACGCUGCCGCGGUCGGAGAAGACCGACGCCGCCGCGGAGAACCCGAAGAAGCCAUGGGAAACGCGCGGGCUGCAUCCGUUACGCCGGAAGCAGCUCGUCGGCGGCUCGGACGUCAUCACCGGCCUCUGGCAGCCCUCCGGGAGCACGUGGGGCGGUCACGCGGGCGAGCGGUUCAAGCCGGACCCGACGCGGCGCACGGCGGCGAUCAAGGCGCAGGUGGACGCGAUCGAGGCCGCGGACUGGCGAAAGGAGCAGGUGCUCUCGAGCGCGGCGGUGAACGGGUUCAUGCUGGACGAGGGCGGGAGCGUCGAGGCGAGGGCGCUCGUGGAGGCGGCGGAGCGGUCGCGGAGAGACUCGGUCGGGGUCGACGGGCUCUCCGCCGCCGCCGCCGCGAAGCUCCGCCGCGAGGCGAUGGCGUUAGGGUUGGCGUGA